CGCCGGGCAAAUGCCAGCUCCGGCGGCCUGUGCGGGAACGCGAGCGGCGAGGCGGCGCCUCUCCCCGGCUGGAGCCAGGCCCUUCCCGAGGAAUCCAGCCCGGACAGUUGUGUUCUUGUAAAGACCUGCUGCUGCACGGGCACAGGGGAGGCUGUGGCUUCACUGCCUGAAGAUAUGAGACCUGGUCCUGAUCUGUAUGGUUUCUCGUCGGAAAUAGUGAUUUGUGCUGGCAUUGUUGGAGCCUUUACAAUCCUCUUGUUCAUGUAUAGAAGUUAUCAAUCAGUUAGGAGUCGACUUUAUGUAGGAAGGGAAAAACAGCUUGCAAAUAAAAUUGCUGAACUAGUUGAAGACAAAUGCAAAAUUCUGGAAAAACUCAGCCUUUGCAAAAAAGAGUUUGAAGAUUUAGAAUUGUCUCUGAAGGAUGAUAACGUUAUGAAAGAAUCAACAGACACAUCUUUUUUUGAGGAAAUGCAUGAAAAACUGAACAAGUCAAACUUGGAACUCAAUGAAGAAAUAGAGAAUCUAGAAAAAGAACUGGAAGAAGAAAAAUCUAAACAACCGGAAAGUGAUAACUUGGUGGCUGAAAUUCAGAAGAGAGUGGAGUCUUUAGAGAAUGAAGCAAAAUCUAUCCAGUCACAAAUUGAUGAGGCCAAGUCCACCCUAAAAGUGUAUCAGAUUAAUACAGAGAGACUCAAGACAUCCAUUCAAGAUGCAGUAGACGAAAACUGCCAUCUCCAGGAAAGUGAGAAACAGCUUUUGCAAGAAGCUGAAGGAUGGUGUGAACGAUUUAGUGAACUAAAUGAACAAACUAAGAUGUUUGAAUCGUCUAAAGCAGAUAUAGAAGAAGUAUUGAAAAAUAAAGAGAGUCAAGUCAAGUCGCUGACACAAUACUUACUGAAGAUGAAAGACUGGAGUUCAGCAAUAAAAGAAGAUGAUGACACUGAAGAUAAUCACUGGGACACAGAUAUAAAGGGUGAAACAGAGAAUGGAGAGCAUUUAGAUGAUCAGCAAAAACGAACUAUAAAGAAAUUGAUCUAUGCUGCAAAGUUAAAUGCUUGUUUAAAGACCCUGGAAACAGAAAGAGAUCAAAUGUAUUCAAAACUGUCUGAUGAAAAUAAAGCUAAAGGAGAACUUACAGAACGUAUAGAAAACCUUCAAAGUCAACAAGCUUCCUUGCAGUCUGAAAAUGAAUGUUUUGAAAGUGAAGUUCAAAAGCUUCAGCAGAAACUUAAAGUGAUGACUGAGCUUUAUCAAGAAAAUGAAAUGAAACUACACAGGAAGCUGACAGUAGAAGAGAGAGAACGCCUACAGAAGGAAGAAAAGCUUUCUAAAGUAGAUGAAAAAAUUUAUCAUGCUGCUGAAGAACUAAACAGCUACAGACAGCGAGCAAGAGAUCUUGAAGAAGAGCUAGAAAGAACCAUUCGUUCUUACCAGAAUCAGAUUACUUCGCAUGAGAAAAAAGCUCAUGAUAAUUGGCUGACAGCACGGGCAGCUGAAAGACACCUCAAUGAUAUAAAAAAAGAAAAUGCACAUAACAGACAAAAAUUAACUGAAACAGAAUUUAAACUUGACCUUUUAGAAAAAGAUCCUUAUGCUCUUGAUGUUCCAGUUAGACCAUUUGGCAGAGGAUCCAGAGGACCAACUGCCAUGUAUGAAGCUGGUAACGAAAGAGGAGAGCUGAGUUCUGAUAGAUUAACAGAUCCCCACAGACCGCCAUCAGAUACUGGGUCCCUGUCUCCUCCUUGGGACAGAGAACGCAGGAUAAUUCUGCCUCCACCAGUUGAGUCUUACACUGAUCCAGUUCUUCCUCCUCGAAGACAAGAAAGAUUUUUUCCUAAUCCUCCAAAUACUGGAAGACUCUCUGGACCAGCAGAACUACGAACUUACAAUGUGCAGUCUUUUGAUAAGACAGAUGGACAAACAUCUUCAGAAAAUAGCCCACGAACAGAACCAAGUGGAAAUGGGAUGAAAGAUCAUUCUAAUCUUAGCAACUCGCUACCUGAUCGGUCGCUGGCAUCUGAAAGUGAAGCUGUCAGUUCAGGGUUUGGUCCUCCACCUUUCCCUCCAGUCAGACCUCCGUUGAUGCCUGUGGAUCCUAGAGCACCUUUCAUGAGACGAGGACCCCCUUUUCCUCCCCCUCCUCCUGCCGGCAUGUAUGGACCACGUGAAUGUUUUCCAGUACGAGACUUUGGGCUUCCGCGCCCUCCACUGCCAAUAAGAAAUCCAUUUCCAAUGAGAUCUUAUCCUCACUAUCCACCGCAACGACCUGGAUUUUUGCCUCCACCACCACCACCACCUCUUGAAAAUAGAGGUGAGCCACCUCAGUCAAAUCCAUCAGCUGUAGAACAACCAGAACCACGGCAAGAGACUUGACAGAGUCAUUGAGCAACGUGCUGAACCGUUUCUGUACUCUUCUAAUGGCAUUUUUCCUUAUGUUAAGUAACCAUUGUUACUUAGGUAUAUAUAAACUACUUUGCUCAAAUUGAAGCUUAAUAGAAAAUUCUCAGGAUAGUAUUUUGUAAAUAAAGAACAAAAUAACUGAAUAUUGUGAAUAAGUGAUUUCCAUUGUACACUAGUCAUUUUAAAUUAAGUAUUUCUAACUUAAGUAAUCUCUUCAGAGGUGUAUAAAGUUAAAUCACGUGAACCAUGUUUUAAAAGUCCAGCUGCUUUGUCCUUGUUUAGCUGUACAGGGGAUCUCUUUGCAUGCCAAAAGUGAUGCUUGCUGCUUUAUGAAUAGAAUGUGAAAACACAUUGAACAGUUAAUAAAAGUCUACUGAAAAUGAA